GGAUAAGCUGUUAUCGAGUCCGACAGCGUCAUAUCGCGGGGUUGACGACCACUUGGGAAGCAGCAACGGCCGGAUAGCUGCGAGAAGGCUGCCACACCAUUUGGCCCGACCCAUUGAUAACCAGGCGUCUCCUCGUCUUACCGACACCGAUGCCCUCUCUUUGUUGCCGCCUCUUCAAGCCUCCACCUCCCUCCUUUCCACAGUUUCGUCGCCUUUUGCGAGCUUCUGUCCCUGCGCCAUUCUCAUUCGUCAGGACCAUCAGCAGCCGAGCAGCCAUGUCUGACCUCUUCGUUGAGCUCACGGCACCAAAUGGCCGAAAGCAUACGCAGCCGAGAGGGCUGUUUAUCAAUAACGAAUUCGUUCCUUCUAAAUCCGGCGAGACACUCACGAGCAUCAACCCGAGCAACGAGAGUGAGAUUGUGUCCGUCUAUGCUGCCGGACCUGAAGAUGUCGACACUGCGGUAGCUGCGGCACGGAAAGCUUUCAAAGAUCCGUCAUGGCGCGACAUGGACACCACCGCUCGAGGAGACCUUCUGUUCAAGCUCGCUGAACUCAUUGAGCAACACCGCGAGACCCUGGCGACUAUCGAAACUUGGGACAAUGGCAAACCGUAUCAGGUCUCCUUGAACGAUGACCUGAGCGAAGUCAUUGGCACCAUCAAAUACUAUGCAGGCUAUGCAAACAAGAUCCACGGUCAAGUGAUCGAUACAUCGCCAGCAAAGCUCGCAUACACCAUCCGCGAGCCUCUCGGUGUUUGUGGGCAGAUCAUUCCCUGGAACUUCCCCCUUGCCAUGGCAGCAUGGAAGCUCGGGCCAGCACUUUGCACUGGAAACACCGUCGUAUUGAAGGCGGCGGAGCAAACACCACUGUCCAUUCUCUACCUGGGCACUCUCAUCAAGGAGGCAGGAUUCCCACCAGGUGUUGUCAACUUUCUGAAUGGCGAGGGUCGCAAAGCUGGCGCAGCCUUGGCACAGCAUCUCGACGUGGAUAAGAUUGCUUUUACGGGAUCAACAGCUACUGGAAAGGAAAUCAUGAAGAUGGCGGCAGUGAACAUGAAGAAUAUCACCCUGGAGACGGGAGGCAAGUCGCCACUUCUAGUGUUCGAUGACUGCGAUCUGGACCAGGCUGUCAAGUGGUCACAUGUCGGUAUAAUGUACAACCAGGGACAGGUCUGCACAGCUACCUCUCGUAUACUGGUCCAGGAGGGCAUAUACGACAAGUUCGUCGAAGCGUUCAAGGAGUACGUAUCAAAGACCUCGGUAGUCGGGGAUCCGUUCAAGGACGACACCUUCCAAGGACCGCAGGUUACCAAGACGCAGUAUGAAAGAGUACUGGCGUACAUCGAAUCCGGGAAGUCUGACGGUGCCAAGUUGGUAGCGGGCGGAGAAGCUUACAAGGAUGUCGGUGGAAAGGGCUUCUUCGUCUCCCCAACUAUCUUUACCAAUGUGAAGGAUAACAUGAGGAUCUACCGAGAAGAGGUAUUCGGUCCUUUCGUUGUCAUCAGCUCAUUCAAGACCGAGGAAGAAGCAAUUGAACGAGCCAACGAUACUACCUAUGGACUCGGAGCAGCCCUCUUUACCCAGGACAUUACCAAAGGGCACCGUGUCGCAAGACUCAUCGAAGCGGGAAUGGUGUGGAUCAACUCCAGCAACGACUCCGACAUCCGGAUACCAUUCGGAGGAGUGAAGCAGAGCGGUAUCGGACGGGAGCUUGGCGAGGCUGGACUGGAGGCGUAUACAAAUAAAAAGGCUAUUCAUGUCAACCUUGGCACGAAGUUGUAGCUGAACCGCACGGCGUCUGUGGAAGUACGGGAAUCUGGGUAGAUGGUGACUGGCCACGUGGAGGAACCGCCAUAUACGCCGAUACGGUCGCCAAUCGAAUUAUCUAGAGAGCAGACCCUUUCCAGGUUUGGUCUCGCCCCAAGGCCUCGUCGUCGGAAUCAAGCCUUGGCGCCACGGCUUGGACAUGUCGUUUGCGAGAGGUUGAGAAAGCUGUGUACAGGUCCGCAGAAAUACCAAUCGAAUUUUGCAGAG